AUCUAUGGAUGAAGUAAACUACCGGGAACUGCUAGCUGCUGGCUGCUAGGCAUAUCGGAGUGAGCGGAUGAAAACAAGCGAUGCUCAAGAGUGAAGGUUCGCAUUUCUUGGUUGAUUGCUAUUUUGCGAGAAAGGAACGCAAGAAGGAAGCGAACGAGGAAUCGAUUCGCCGUCGUCGUCGUCGUCCCGUUGUUACUUCCAGGAGAUUUUGAUCGUGAAUCCUGUAACGUGAUUCUCUCCUCCUUUCUUUAUUCCUACACUCGCCAGGGCGUCCAAUCAACGGGAACGAUGUAAGUAUUCUCCUCCGGCAGAUCCGUUCCCCGAUCGCCACAUUGGGGAUGUUGGCGCGACCAUCCGCAACUGCCAUCAUCGUCGACGGCGAUCACGAGCGGCCCGGUUCCGUAAUAGACGUAGUAGCGAGGGGAGUGCCCUUACGAAUCCUUAGGAGAUGUCUUACAGCGAUGGCGCACGCCCGAUACGAAAAUUCGGCACGAAAUCGCCGAAGAAGCUAUGCGUGACCACCAAGAGCGAGAACGGCGAGAAAACCACGACGACGGUGAAUUGCGGCGGUCACCAUCACAAUCACUAUCAUCACAGUCAUCAUCGCUUCCUGGAUCCCGGCCCGCAGCCAUCGGUGCACAAGCGUAAUCUCUACGUUGUCUCCUUCCCGCUGAUACUGCUGUUUAAUGUGCUACGGACUCUGCUAUACCAACUGUUUAUGGUGUUCAAGUAUCUGUAUACCUCUACAUCCCAGCUGAUCCAGCGUAGACAAGCGUCCAAACAGGUCUGCCAAUUAGAGAUUGUUGUUGGGCAAAAGCCGACGAAUGGUCGUUUGACCAAUAGUCAGAUAGAGGGAGAGAUCAUGUCGCAAGUGCCUAGACGUCCUAUUGGGCCAGGUCCCGGAGAUCCAUUGCUCGCCAAGCAAAAGCAUCAUCAUCGCAGAGCAUUCGAGUUUAUCAGCAAGGCACUCAAGAUUGAUGAGGAUAACGAAGGACAGAAGGAAAUGGCGAUCGAGUUAUACAAGAAGGGAAUUGGAGAACUUGAAAAGGGAAUAGCUGUAGAAUGCACCGGUGGGCAUGGUGAAGUAUGGGAACACGCGCAAAGACUUCACGACAAGAUGUGUACAAAUUUGGCAAUGGCGAAAGACAGGCUUGAUUUUCUCGCGAGUGUGUGUGAGCUGAGAAAGCUGGGUAUCAACAAUCAGUAUCGCGCUCCUGGAAAUAAAACGGACGGCAAGCAUUUGGGAAAGCAUCUGAGGGCUCGCCGCAAUAUACACACUUUUCAAACCGCUCAAACUUCAUUUAACGCUAAUCAUAAUAAGAACACGAACAGUAUAAACGCGACAGUUAAUAGUGGGCAGACCAUAUGUACCCAAAUUCCCAAGCUAAAACCACGUUCGCCAAAAAACUGUCAUACUACUGAAGACAUUAUUUCAGCAUCCGGCAGGAAAUUAUCAGUUCCUGGCAAACGGAUAACGGGAACACCUCUAAGCAAGAGUCAGACAUUACCAAGAAGCAUGGGUAGAUCGACGCCUAUUCAACCUUGCCAUAGGACCAUGCCAAUCAAACCAUCGUCUACACCGCCUUCUGUGAAAAGACAAUUGUCCGUACCGGGCAAUGGUUCACCUAUACGACGCCCAGGGACACCCACUACCUCGAACAGUAACAGAAGCACUCCAACUAGGAAAGUACCUAUCUUGAAAGGCGUGGAUCCAAAACUUACGCAAGUGAUUCUCGAUGAAAUUUUAGAAGGAGGAGCGCCAGUACAGUGGGAAGACAUUGCAGGCCAAGAGACUGCAAAACAAGCUUUGCAAGAGAUGGUAAUUCUACCGUCACUACGACCUGAACUAUUCACUGGUUUGCGGACACCUGCUAGAGGACUAUUGUUGUUUGGACCGCCAGGGAACGGAAAAACGUUGUUGGCGCGUGCCGUUGCGACUCAAUGCAACGCAACAUUUUUUUCAAUCUCCGCCGCUAGUCUAAUGUCUAAAUACGUUGGAGAGGGUGAAAAAUUAGUAAGGGCCUUGUUCGCAAUUGCACGGGAAUUACAGCCAUCUGUUAUUUUCAUCGACGAAGUGGAUUCGUUGUUAAGCGAGCGAAAAGAUAACGAACACGAAGCUUCCAGGAGAUUAAAAACAGAAUUCUUAGUCGAAUUUGACGGUUUGCCUUGCAAUCCCGAGGAGAGAGUACUCGUUAUGGCUGCUACAAAUAGACCACAAGAAUUGGAUGAAGCUGCCUUAAGAAGAUUCACGAAACGCGUGUAUGUUACAUUGCCGGAUCUGCAGACAAGAAUUAUAUUGCUUCAGAGGCUCUUAGCCAAGCACAAUGAUCCAUUAACAUCCGAAGAAUUGAACGAGAUGGCAGUUCUGACAGAGGGGUACUCGGGAAGUGAUUUGACUGGUUUAGCUAAGGAUGCAGCACUUGGGCCUAUCAGAGAACUGAAUCCAGAUCAGGUGAAAGAAUUGGACCUUAAUUCUGUUCGUAAUAUUAGAAUGCAAGAUUUCCGUGAUUCUCUAAGAAGAAUUCGUAGAUCUGUUUCGCCGGCAAGUUUAACUACUUAUGAGAAAUGGAACUUCGAAUACGGAGAUGUGAGUCUUUGAUUUAAGGUGAGUUGUAUGGGCUCUCGAAAUAAUCGCGUUUUGAAUUAGAUAUAAUCCGCAAAACGGAAUUACAGAUAUUCCGCAAAAUAACGAAAAAGAAGCGUGUAAUAUCGAAUGUCUCGAUACAAAAACAAUUUUUGCACUUUUACUCAAUUUCAAUGAACGAUAUAUUGAUGUUUAUAAAGAGGACGGCAGCAGGAAGAUAAAGAAGAUAUGUUCUUCAAUUCCUAAGAUACUUUCGUCUUAACAACAAAGAAGUUACUAGAUUGACUCAUUGUUAUUGUAUCUAGCAUUGUAAAUGUAGUUGUUCGAAUCUCGCCUUAUUUUUAUGUUAGAAUAAUCUUUUGCAACAAAUAAAACUUACAUUUUUGGCAGUGAUUUAAAGUAAAAUGUAUCUCGAAGAUAUGUUUCAUGUUGAUUUUACGAGAUACAAUACUCUAUGUUCUAUUUAAUGCUCUUAUUUAUAGCUAAUGUUCAGAUAUUUGCAUUUACAAUCCAGCAUGUACAAAGAAAAGUCAGAAAGUAAGGUUCACAACACGUGUACUUUUUUAAUAGUUAAUUUUUGGUGCAAUACUUACGUCUCUCAAAUAAAUACAUCCUUACACGACAUAGUCAUCUUUUUUAACAUAGUCGCCUUUUCCGUUAAGGCACUUGUCUAGGCAGUAGAUCCAUGCAUCAAAACCCUGUCGAUAAAAAGUUAGAUCUUGUUGAUGCAGCCAUUUUUAUACUUCAUGCUUGAUAUCAGAAUCAGAUUUUCAUCUAUUUCCACACUUGGAAAAGCAUCUUCGUAGCGAACGAUUCCAAUUAGAUGAUGUCAAGCAUGAAGUGCAAAAGUGGCUGCAUCAAUCUAACUUUCUACCGACAGGGUUUUGAUAUAUGGAUCCACUGCCUAGACAAGUAUUGCAACAGAGAAGGCGACUAUGUUGAAAAAUAGUGUAAGCAUGUUCAUAUUUGAGAGAUGUAAAGUACUUCAUCAAGAAUUAAAUAUUAAAAAAGUACACUUGAGUUGGGAAUCUUACUUUCUGAUUUCCCCUCGUAGCUUUAACGUUAGCAUUCCAAAAUCAAAAAUAUGUAUCUAUUAUUUAUAUUAUUUAUAUGUUUAUUAACUCCAUGUGAUUCUCUCAAUUUCUUAAUGAUAACUAGUAUUUGAAAUGUAUGAUAUUCAUUUGUUAUAUGAUAAAUUAGUUCUGUUUUUUAUAGCUGAACUAGUUGCACUAAAGAACAGACCUAUAGCACUUAAAGAAAAAAAAAUAUCAGGAUGUUAUAUAUUACCAUAGUUAACUUUAGAUACUUAAAAAACGAAAACAGAUGUGAUUAAGCACACAGUUUGCAAUCGUGCAAUAUAAUGAGAAUUUACAAAAUAUAAAUACUCGAUUAUAAAUACUCGAUCAUAUAUAUUAUUUAUAAAGUUGACGCGAGCGCGAACCAAUUUAACACCAUGACAUGACCCGAUCCAUUAUCAUGACAGUAGAUUACAUUUACAAAUGAAACAGUGCACGUCCAAUCAGAUAAUAAAAAAGUAUUAAUGACGUACAAAAAACAUUAUAGUUGUAUGAUUAUUGUAUUUGUGCGCGACAUGAUAUAAGUGUUUACAUAUACAAAAAUAUAUAUAGGGUGUUCAUUUGAUAAGUUUCCAUUUUGUUUAUCUAUAACCGACUAGUUUUUGCAAAACAUGCUAAGAGAGGUCAAUUUUGUUUUCAAGGGGCAUAAUUUCAACUGAGGGUAGCUACCUCGACGAAAGGGAUGAAGGGCGGCAUCGUUGAAUUUAUUGCAUUCAUAAGUCCCUCUUGAAAACAGAGUUGAUAUUUUUUAGUAUUCUUUGCAAGCCGGUUACGAAAUAAACAGAAUGGAAACUUUUCAAAUAAACACACUCUAUAUGUAUAAACACACGUAUCUCUCUACAAUAUGCGAAAAAGGGCGCGAAAGGAGUAAAUAUCGUCUAAUAUGCGCGUCGUUUUCGCACAAAUCGCACUAAUAGCUGUAUAUCCAAAUGUUGCAUUAUAUAAUAUUAUUACGUUUGAUACUGAUUCACAAGAUUCGUUUGAUAUUUCUUAUAUGUCGAUAUGUUAGAAAUCGCGCGGCGAUGUAUACUUGCAUGAGAGAAAAAAAAAAAGAUAAAAGCAGAACCCGAGAUUCUGUUUUGAUACAAAAUUCUAUAAGACAACGAACUGAGAAUCUAAUCUAUAUAUGAAAAUUUUAAGUAUUUGCUGUGAGGUUUAUGUAUAAGCGAUGCGGACAUUAUUAUCGUAUAUAAUGAAAGAUAUACAUAUAUUAUAUAUAUGUAUGCGCGUGUGUGUGUGUGUGUGUGUGCAUGAUGCGUGCAUGUAUAUAUAUAUGUAUAUAUAUAUACACACACGUAUGGAACUUCAUUUUUUUAUGACGUUUAUCUACUUCCGGUGCUCAAAAGUAGGAUAAUAAUGAUAUACUUACGGAAUUAAUGUAUUUAACUAAUAUAUUUACUUAAUAUAUAGGACUUGCACGCAUGAGAUAUAUAUGCUACAAUUACGCGAUAUGACGCAAAUUUACUCCCGAUUGUUCGAAGUAUCAUACAGAAUAUGCCGCCAUAUAUAGUUUUAUAGGGUAAGAUUUGCCAUGCAAGAUAUUGAAAAUCGCGAUUUCAUUUCCAAUAAAGUUUAAUUCGUGUAUAAUGCUUCCUUUGUGCAAUAGAAAAAUGGAAAAUGCUAUUUACAAGUUAAACUGAUACAUAGUUAUUAAAAACUGACACGUAGUUAUUAAAUGACACACUGAUCGCGCUUUGUGCAUGAAUAGAAAAUAUGAUAUAAGCAUUAAAUAAAUGAUAAUCCUAUCAUUUAUAUAUUUCAUGUGUGUGUGUGUGUGUGUGAUAUGAUUAGAACAUAGGAGAUAUGCAAUUUGAAAUAUUAAUAUGAGCAUAAUUCCAACAUGCUUUCUCUUUGCGAUAUUUCGACAUUUUUAAAUCUAUGUUUGUCCAGAUAAAAAUCAUGUGAUGCAUUUGCAAGCUGUAAUGUUAUUAUGACAAUGUACUUGAUAUCUUGUAUGUACAAUUUCUAUUAUUUAUAAGCGAUGCUUUAAAAUGCAUUCGAGUACACAAGAAUGCAAUAUACACAAAUAUUUGGGAAGGAAAGGGAUCUUUCCAAAACCCACUUGUGACUUGGUAACUUUCCAAGAUGAUGGGUAUAUAAUGCCGUGAUAAGAAUUCGAUUUGUUUCUUUACGCAAUUGUUUAACAAACUGAGCUUCGGCAUUAUUGUCGAGAUGUUGACUCUCGAAUUUUAUUUUCGAGUUAUAUUUGUGAUAUUAGUUUCCUUAAAUAAUAAUCUUUGCACUGCCUACAUAUAUAUAUAUAUAUAUAUAUAAUUAUAUAUGCUGUUUUAUAAUACAUACAUUGCAAAGUGUGAAUUUUGCAUUAGUUGUGUUAGAUGGGAAUUUAUGAUAAUUUUGCACAAAAAAAUAUCAUUUUGCAUAUGAAGAUGGAUCAUUUAAAGAUUCUGAUCUUCCAUUGUGGAAUAUUCUGAGCCUUCUAAGUUGUUUUGCUACUUUUAUAAUAUGUUAAUAAUAAAUUAAUUAAAAUAAUAGAAUCAGAUAUAUUUUUUUUUUAUGUUAAUGAUGAAUGCUUGAUGCUGUUUAAUUUUAACAGUAAACACGUGAGUGCAAGUUAAAAGAAACUAUUUGCGCAUGUUUUUUUGCACAUGUAAAAGAUUUCUUCUUUUAAACAUUAUCAUCUAUAGUUGUUGAUUAUCUUCAACCAUUGUAUCAGCGAUUGUAUUGACGAUUUUAAAAAAUCCAUGAUAAAUAUUAUUAUAUACUCUAUGAUAACUUUACAACAGUUUUUGUUCAUAAUACUUGCAACACUUUUUCUUCGUAAUAGAAAUAAUCAGUUCUCAUUAUGAUUAGCACAUAUGUAUAUUCAUUUCUCAACUUAGAUUAAAUUAUAAAGAAGUAUGUGACCCCUAUGAAUACAAAUGUGUGCGUGCGCGUGUAUGUAUAUAUACAAUAAUAUUUUAAAAUAUUUUCAGUAAACUAUGUUUUUUUGUGAAUUACACGCUAAAUUGUCAAUACAAAUCCUUAGCAAAUAUUUCUUGGUAAUACAAACGAUACCUUCCGAAUUUAGUAUUAUACAUGUUUAGCACAGAAUAUAAUUAUAUUCAUUUAGUAGAUGUUUAUACACUUUCCAGAAUAACUUGAUUAUAAAUGCCCUAAUGUAAUACUGCAUAGCGUAGCGCAUGCACAGAAUUAUGAAACGUCAAUAUUUUAUCAAUAUGUACGCUUUUUAAACAGGAAUGCGUUUACAGAGUGUAAUAAAUAUGUGUAUAUAUAGUA